AGCUGGAUCCUUAAACCACUGAACCAGCCCAGGGAUCGAACCCGCAUCCUCACAGAGACAACAUCAGGUCCUUAACCGGUUAGCCACAACAGGAACUCCCUACUUGCCUUAUUUGAGAAAGCCUCAUUGACUGUUUGUGAUUGUUUGUCCUUAGGUUUUGAUUUCUUAACAUUGAGGCAUUGACGGGCUUAGGUUUGCUAAGGCUGCUAAGGCAUUAGAAUCAUCUCAGUCUAAUGGCCUCCCUGUUUAAUUAAUUUAGCAGUAAUAACACUAUAUGGCAUUUGUUUUAAAAGUAUGGAUUCUAAAGUGCUUUUCACUGAUGCUGAUGCUGAAAUUUUCUUUUUUUUGUGUCAGCAAACACCAAACGAGUUAUUUCACCGCCUUUCUCUACUUUACAAAAGAGGACUGAGGGAAAGUGGCUGGUGGAAGCCACAGAGCAAGUUCAAGGCUAGACUGAGAGGAGAACCUAGGGGUUCUGAAUCACCCUCCCAGUUUAACCCCAAACACUUUCCCUCCGCAGCUAUCUGAUGAGUCUUUAGCAGAGGCCAAGUCCUCCCAGGCCCAUCAGGGAAAGUGCUCCUGGGAGAAGACAUCUGAAUGUCAUUUUCCAGGAUGAUUAUCUGGAGUUUGCCAGAUGAAAGGUAACCUGACUUCCCCUCUCCCAGGGCUAACUCGGAGGGAGAACCCUGCACCGUCCCGACUUAGCCACCUCAGUUGAAACUCAGUCAAAACCUACUUCAGUAAACACACAGUAAGUGCUCAAUAAACAUUUAUUGUGUUUAUUACUGUAUCUCAGAUUAGCAAAGUGAGGCAAUGAUGUCAAUCAACCGACUUAAGAAGCCCUCUGUAUCUUUUUCCUCAUAUCCUUAACAGGAUAGACUCUUCCUGCUUCACUAUUCCACUUCCUCAUCUUUGCUUGAAACCUUUUGCUGUGUUUCCAUUUUCUACACAUCUUAGCUGAAUAGGUUCCAUUUGCAUAUACCUGGAGUGUUUUUCCUAGUUUACGGUUUUGAUUCUUCACUGUUUCCGUACACUUCUACCGUAGCUCCCAUAUUCCAGUUCUUACCGCCUUUGCUCAGAAUUCUCUGCUGUACGGCACUAACUGCUACUAGGAAUAUGGCGCCUUCCAGUCUGUCACGGGUUUCGUUCAGCAGGCGCAACCAUAUUAAACCCCUGGCUCAGGGAGACUAUCAACCGGGAAAGUCUCGCGAUAAAGGUAUCUGCUGUUUCUCAAGAACCACAGAAAAUGAUCAAGUCUCAGGUGUGACUGUUGGACUUUGCUCAGGAGGAGUGGCAGCAGCUGGACCCUGCUCAAGGAAACCUAUACAGGGAUGUGAUGCUGGAGAACUAUAGCAACCUUGUUUCAGGGGGGUCUCAGUCUCUGAAUUCAGAUGUAACCUUCUUGUUUAAACAAGGAGAACCAUGGAAAGAGGAGGAACACAUGUCAAAUUGGACCUAUUCAGCAAAUGUAUGAGACUGGCAUUAUCACAGUUCUAUGGGUGAGGCAGGUGGAGCCCAGAGAUAUCCCCUGAUCCAGCUGAGGCCAGUUGCUGGUCUGUUUUCUCAAGCCUCUACCUGAUUGGAUAAGAUGAAGUUUAGAAGGAGGACCUGACCAUUGGCCCCUGACUACCUGUCUUUGAGGGAAGAAAUAUUAUCUUCUGCUUAAUCCUGGAUACUAUAUCCAAAGGCAGAGUGUUAAUUCUAAAGCUGAAAGCUUCUGAAAAAUAAAUGGUGUCAUGGCAUGAUGUUAGAAAAAUUUUCAAAUGAUGGUUCUUCACAUUCGAAGAAUUGGAAUUCAAUAACUGGUUUGAGCAACACAAGUAAUAUUAUAAGGAAAAGCAAUUCAGGAGAAAGAUCAUGAAUGUAACAGUUUGAGGGAAAUGUCUAAUCUCAGCUCAAAUCUUUUUAAACAGCUGAGAGUUUCUAGAAGAUAAAGACCUCAUAAUUAUGACACAGAUGCAUAAUUCUGCUUCAAUAGAUUUUUUUAAAGGCAGCUUAUAAAGGAAAAAUAAUUUCAUAUAUAAAAUUACUUAUGUUUGAAACAAUUUAAAUGUACAGCUAUAGUUCAGUACUGAUGGAAUCUGAGAACAUUUGUAUGAGAGAGAAACGUGAAUGUAAACUAUGUGGUAAAUCCUUCAGCCGAAACACUAAUCUUAUUCAACAUCAAAGAAUACAUACUGGAGAGAAAAAGCCUUAUGAGUGUAAUGAAUGUGGGAAAGCUUUUAGUCAGAGCACUAAUCUUAUUCAACAUCAAAGAGUCCAUACCGGGGAGAAACCUUAUAAGUGUAAUGAAUGUGAAAAAGCCUUUAGUCACAGAUCAUCCCUUAAAAAUCACGAGAGAAUACAUACUGGAGAAAAACCCUAUCCUUGUAAAGAAUGUGGGAAGGCUUUCGGCCAUAUUUCAGCCCUUAUUCAGCAUCACAGAAUUCACACUGGAAAGAAACCAUAUGUAUGUGUCAAAUGUGGGAAAACCUUCAGUCGGAGCACACAUCUUAUUGAACAUCAAGGAAUUCAUUCUGGGGAGAAAUCCUACCAGUGUAAGGAAUGUAGGAAAGUUUUGUAUCACAGCACAUCACUAAUCCGACAUCAGAGAACUCACACAGGAGAAAAACUCCACAAAUGUAAUGAAUGUGGAAAAGCCUUCAGCCAUACUCCAGCCUUCAUUCAACAUCAGAGAAUUCAUACUGGGGAGAAACCCUAUGAGUGUAAUGAAUGUGGAAAAGCUUUUAGUCAGAGCACUAAUCUUAUUCAACAUCAAAGAGUCCAUACUGGGGAGAAACCUUAUAAGUGUAAUGAAUGUGAAAAAGCCUUUAGUCACAGAUCAUCCCUUAAAAAUCAUGAGAGAAUACAUACUGGAGAAAAACCCUAUCCUUGUAAUGAAUGUGGGAAAGCUUUCAGCCAUAUUUCGGCCCUUAUUCAACAUCACAGAAUUCACACUGGAAAGAAACCAUAUGUAUGUGUCAAAUGUGGGAAAACCUUCAGUCGGAGCACACAUCUUAUUGAACAUCAAAGAAUUCAUUCUGGGGAGAAAUCCUACCAGUGUAAGGACUGUAGGAAAGUUUUUUGCCACAGCACAUCACUAACCCGACAUCGAAGAACUCACACAGGAGAAAAACCCUACAAAUGUAAUGAAUGUGGAAAAGCCUUCAGCCAUACUCCAGCCUUCAUUCAACAUCAGAGAAUUCAUACUGGAGAGAAACCCUUUGAGUGUAAUGAAUGUGGAAAGGCCUUUAAUCGGAGUGCACAUCUUACUGAACACCAGAGAACUCAUACUGGAGAGAAACCUUACGUUUGUAAGGAAUGUGGAAAAACUUUCAGCCGAAGUACACACCUUACAGAACAUCUAAAAAUACAUUCUGGUGAGAAACCCUAUCAAUGUAAUGAAUGUCAAAAACAAUUUUGCUAUAGAACAUCACUAAUUCGACAUCAGAGAAACCAUACAGAAGAGAAACCCUAUCAAUGUAAUGAAUGUGGGAAAUCCUUUAGCUUAAGCUCAGCCCUUUUCAAACAUAAGCAGACUCAUAGAACAGAGAAGCCUUAUCAGAGUAAUGAAUGUGGGAAAGCCUGCAGCCAUAGGUCAUCAUUUAUCCCUGAGCACUCACAAUAGUAAAAAGACAAAAACCAAAACUCUAGGAUUAUUGUAGAAGAAAAACCUUAGGUAAAAUAUUCAUUCAGUGUUUGUACUGAGAAGAAACACUGUUCUUGUAAUUCAUCUGAAUAAUGUGCCAUCAUUGAGAUCAAAACUUAUAAUGGAAAUGCCUCCAAAACUGAAGUUUGUUUUUAUUAUUUAAUUUAAUUUAAUUUAAUUUAUUUAUUUAUUUUGUCUUUUGGCCAUUUGUAGGGCCACUCCC